UGACACUCGGAGGACUGAGACACUCAUGAACAGAGAGACAGCUGAUCUUAAAAUGAUUUUACUUGUUUGAGUCUUUAAUGGUACAGAACCUCCAUACACCUCUGAUUGUUUAUCAGAGUGUGUUUCUAACUGUUCGGCGUUGCAUCACAUCACAUGCAGUCCACAUUGGCUUGUCAGAGGGUGUGUUUCCGGACCGCGGUUCCUUUCAGGCCAUCGAAGCUCGAUUGAAAACACAUGAGUCAAUGGAUGAGGACAACAAAGAGGAAGCAGCAGCAGCAGCAGCAGCGGGGGCGAUUCAGAGACACACAACGACUACAGCAGCUGUGAGUUUAACAAACAAACCUCCCACCGCUGAUAACCAUGGGAUCUGGAGAACUGCAGAUGUAUUAAAACAUCACCGGCACAAACUGAAACCUGGUCAGUCGCUCGCCCGCUAGAAGUUGUGAAGGAGUCAUGUAAGAACGUCAUGCUGACUCUCCAAUCACCUUUAAUGCGUCGGAGAGCCUAACAGCAGCAUCUAUGUUGGCGAGGACCUCCCUGAGCAGAGGAAUCACUGCCCUCCACCUCUGUAAGAAUGUGACUCUGUACAUGAAUGAAUUAGCAUCUCCAGCCUCAGGAGGCCAGACCCUGGCCUCUGAAGAACACAAACCCCUCAUGGUGAUGCUCCCGUGGCUGGGUUCGCGUCCUCAAGCUGUGGCCAAGUAUUGUGAGAUCUACUUCCGCACUGGCUUCGAUGUGCUCGUAGUGGAGAGUGAGGUGCAACACUUCCUGUGGCCUCGCUGGGGUCUGGAGCAUGGAAAGAAGUUGCUGGAGUUGCUCCAGAGCGAACGAUUUGUGUCCCGCCCACUGCUUGUCCAUGCCUUCUCUAUUGGUGGCUACACGUUUACUCAGCUGCUGGUACAUGUGUCCCAGGACACGCUGAAAUAUCAGUCGCUCACAAAGAGGAUCAAAGGUCAAGUCUUCGAUAGCUUGGUCGUGGGCUCUGUGGAGAUGAUGGCCACAGGUCUAGGUAAAACCAUAUGUCCUUGUUUGGAGACACUGGUAAAAAACGUUAGCUUGCUAUACUUUGGCAUGUUCAAACAGCAAACGUUGGACUACUACAACACAAGCAUUGAUGUGUUUUGGAACACAUCAAUCCCCGCCCCCUCACUGUUCUUCUUUUGCGAGAACGAUCCGUUAAGUGACGCACAGACUACGAUGGAAUUGAUCGACUUCUGGCGAAAGCGCGGGAUAAACGUCACCCCAAAGAAGUGGGAGGAUUCAACACAUGCAGGUCACCUGAAGAGGCACCCACAGGAGUAUAUGACCGCACUGGAAUUAUUCCUCUGUUCACUCAACAUCACUCCGCUGAAGUCCAAGAUGUAAGAUGGUGUCACUACAACUCAAUUCCAUGUCAACAUGACUGUUCUUGUUUUCUUUGUUCACCCUAAUUGUUUGUUACCUUUUGGUGUGUUGCAGUAACAUUAAGAAAGUACUUUGAUGAAUGAUCAGAUCAGAAUCAGAAUUAAUUUAUUGAUCCCAGGUGGAAAUUGUUUGUUCCAAAUUGUUCCAAUCAAAGUAAAAGGUAGAAAUUUAGCAUACAAAAAUAAAAUAAAAAUAUGAAAUAUACACAAUAUUGUGCGUACUGUACAUUGGAUAUUUAGUGCAAAUGGAUAUGCUUGUAAUGACUCCAGUCUGUUGACUCAGAGUUUUUCAGAGGGAGGAUUAUAUAGUUGAAUGGCCACAGGCAGGAAUGACUUCCUGUGGUGCACUGUGGUGCAUUUUUGUGAUGUCAGUCUUGCACUGAAGGUGCUCCCGUGUUUGACCAGCACGUCAUGGAGAGGGUGAAAGACAUUGUCCAGGAUGGCAUGUAUCUUAUGCAGUAGAGUUUCCUCAGCUUUCUUCUAAGAUGGUGAGGUGAAGGACACUGUAGAGCAGGGGUCUCAAACUCGCGGAUGAUAUUUCGCGGCCCCCUACUUGACAUCAAAGUCUAGUGUUAGUGCGGCCUGCGCGUCUUUCUCAAACGCACCUUUUUGUCGAGUUGUUGCACGGGCCUUGCUUGCCCUGACAGCCUCCGGUGGCGUUUGUUGUCAAGUUAGCCAAAGCGAAUUAGCAGCGUUAGUCACUUGAUUGAAACGUGAUUCCGUUCUGAAGAACCGUUCAUGUUGAAGAACUGUUCAUCAUAAAGAUUGAGAAGAUUGGAUAAGUUGUAUGUUUUGGAAUACCUGAAACCCUUUUUUGUGGAGUAUUUGAUGCGGCCCAGCCUCACCCAGACUCUACCUCCAACGGCCCCCAUGUAAAUUGAGUUUGAGACCGUUGUAGAGGAUGCAGGCUGGGGAGGAGGAGGGAUGAAGUCAUCAGGAAGAAGACAGUCAGCUUGUGAGCCGGAAAAGGUGUAACGAGGGGGGAGGAUUGGUGUUUGGAGACGGACCGCAGAAGAGUUGGGGGGGCAGGGGCCGCUGUAUCAAAUCUGUUAAAAAAUAAAUUAAAUUCAUUGGCAAUAACCAAGCUGUGAUGGUCUUCAUUCUUCUCAUUGAGGAUGGCUUUGAUGUCUUUUGUUAUCCAAAGCUUGUUAUUUGGAUAACAGCAGACAGUCCUUGUUGGGACAUUGCAGUCCACAGAGAAGUUUAUAUAAUCCGUGAUGCCCUCUGUAAGCCCAUCAAUGGCCUGUCCAUGCGGCUCACAGAGAGUGCAUCCCAGUCAGUCACCUCGAAACAGGCCUGCAGUACCUCAUAGGCAAUGUACACAGCCACCGUGAUAACAUGCAAGAUUUCUCUGGGCAAAUAGUAUGGACUGAGUACCAUAGCCAAAAGUUCAAUGUCCUGGCAACCAAUACUGUCCUUGAAUGGAAUAUGACCAGGAUUGCACCAUCGGUUGUUUACUAAAACAGCAAACCCUCCUCCUUUACGCUUGCCGCUCUCUGUGCAAUCCCUGUCUGCCCGAACCGUCUGAAAUCCCUCGAUGUUAACGUUUGUGUUGGGAACGUCUCUGUAGCCAUGACUCUGAAAGAAUCAUCAGGCUACACUCCCGGUACUCCCUUUGGCUCUGGGCUAGCGCCGUUAGCUUGUCCAUCUUGUUCCCCAGUGAUCUCACGUUGCCCAUGAUGAGAGAGGGGAGAUACGGCUUAUAUCUCCUGUCUAUAUGUGUAUUUUUUUACACUUCAUUUGAGUUUAAAAUGCUUCAUUUUGAGUGAAGAUUCACUGACGUCAACAGAACCAGAUAAAAGUGGAGUUCAUGGUAAACUUAGAAAUCAGCUGAGUGAGCUCAUGUGAGAAAACUGUGAGUGAGCGGGCAUGUCGAUGAUGUUUGUCACAUGAGAUUGAAGCAAAACAAAAAAAGAAAACAAAGAUCUCAGGAUUAAAAAAAAGGAGGUUUGAUUUGAUGAAUUCAUGUUCCCUCAACAAAAACAUGUGAUUUCCACCGUUGAAUUUAUAUGUCAUGUCCUACCUCCUGGAUGCUUAACCCGACACCACCCCUCACCUGAAUGUUCCGGACAUUUUCCUGUUGUUCUCAGCGUCUGACCCGGAUAAUCUCCUGCUGCCUCCUUUACAUGUAAACUCUGUCUUGACCCAAUUCAUCUGACAUUUUCUAAAGUUCAUGUCUGAAAACUGUCUCCACUGCUUGAAGUUAAAUAAACCGUUCCAGUGGUCAAAUUCCCAUUACUUAAUGUUUAAUAAUGUUAAUGAUUGAAUACACAACUGAUAAACUUCAUUUCAUACUGAGAUUAUUUAUGAUGCAAGAUAUUCAAAUGUACUUUUUACUGCUCUUAACAAUUCCUGAUUACAUUCAAUACACUUUAUAUGCAUGCAGUAUAGUAGUUCAUAUGCUUUUGUAACAAUAGUAGCAUAUAUAUAUAUAACUGAAGACUUAUAAAAACUUAAAAUUUAUAAACCUCAUGAAUGGAAACUAAAACAAAUACAACCAGUGCCUUGAAGAAUAUCUAAUCAUGUAAAAGAAGUUCCACCAUGUAGGCAUUUGUUGAACAUGCUGGAUGAAAACCAGAUGAUAACAUCUUGAUAUGCAGGAGUUCAUGUGAUCUCUUCAGAGACUGACUGUACUACAUGGUGGUAUCCAUCAGUUACUUGAGUGUUUUUUCAUGAUGUGAGAUCUUUUAAACAGUUUAUCUGUCUUAAUUUUUUCUAUUAAUAUUGUUUUUCCUCGCAAAGCUGCAAUUAACAACUGAAUACUUGAGAUUGUACAAAUGGUCAGAUGAAGUUGCUUGUUGAGUGUAGUGUAAAAUGUUCACAUAACUUGAACAUCUCCGACAUUUCUGAUAUGUGUAAUUCUUUUCCAGACUAGUGUUUCUUUACUUCUCUUGUUGGUGGUUUAGAAAUAAAUAUGUGAAUAUCUUA